AUGACACCUUUUGUUUAUUUAACGGAUGUACCCAACACAAUUUUGUGUGGUAACCGAAGCAUUUUUGUGGUGGUUGAGGGUCGCCGGCCCUUCUGUUGGGUUUGUGGUGCGGCUGGACACCUGGCCAAGACGUUUCCAACCAAGAAGCCAGCACCGUCGGCGAAGCAGGCACCGGUACCAACAUCAGUGGUGCCCAGAGAAGAAUCAACGAAGAAAGCUUCCGGUAGCGAAUGGACGAAAGUGGUCAGGAGGAAAGCAAAAGUGGCAACCUCACCUCUCCAGCAGCAGCAGCAUGAGCUCCCGGAGAAGGCUGCAGUCAGUCAGCAGCAGGAGCAGAACGCUGAUGCAAAGAAGCAGCAGGAGCAGGCGGCUACAGAACAACUGCAGGACGUCCCGGAUAAGGAGGGAGAAAAACAACAGCAGGAAAGGGUGGCCGUCAAACAAUAUCAGCAGAAGUCGGAUGGCCCCGCUACAGGGGCUGCUAAACAAAAGCAGCUGAAGCAGAAGCGAGAACAGCAGCACGAGCAGCAGCGUCAACCGGCGCAGCAGGAACUGGAGCAGCAACAGCAGCAGCUGGCUGAGAAAGAGGUCCAACCGGAACAAGUGGACCCAGAAACCUGUCGUCAACACCCCUCUCAUCUCUCACGCCAUGCAGGCGGAAUUCAUUCCCAUUGUCUCCGCUUCCAUGUUAAUGGCAGUCACGAGCAUCUAUACUCGUUUAUUCAAUUUCCUUACUUUUUUCUUCUUUUUUGUUUCUUCGUCUCUUUGAUUAUUUCAAAGUUUCUUUGUUUAUUUCUUUCUUUUUUUUUUGUUCCUUUCUUUGUUCCUUUGCAUUUUGCUUCCGUGUUUGUUAGUUUCUUUGAUUUUUUUCUUUUCCUUCCCAUCAUGAAUUCUGCUGCUGUUUCAUUUUUCCUCCCUCCCUCCCUUCCUACUUCCAUCCCUCCUUCCUUCCUUUCUCCCUUCCUUCCUCCCUUCCUCCCUCCUUCCCUCCUUCCUUCCUUCCUUCCUUCAUUCCUCCCUCCCUUCCUUUCUUCCUUCCUUCCUUCCUUCAGCAAUUAUUGUUUCAUUAUUGUUUUUAAAAUAUUUUAG